ACCUUUCUUCUUCAUAAUUUUCAUCCUACGAUGUCUGUUUCCUCUCUCUCUCUUUCUGUUUUGUAUAUAUUGUCUUUUUUCUUUCUGCACAACUGUCAAUAAAGUUUUGAAACGGAUAUCCGUUCCUCUCUAUUUAAGGUUCUCCACAGUAGUUAACGAAGCUCUUGUUUUUCUAUUUGGUCGGCCAAAGUAAGGCACCCUGUGUUCUUUGUUUUCUACGCACAGGCUUAUCAUUUGCUUUUGGUUGGACUUUGCUGAAUGGAGAGUGCAAGAAUCAGCCAAUGGUUAAAUCUUCUUGUUUGUGUACUGCUAUUGCUCAAGGCAGAAGGAUCUUUAGUUCCAUUGAUUUUGGUCGAGAAUGCAGAAUCAAAAGGAGCUGUUUGUUUGGAUGGAAGUCCCCCAGCUUACCACUUUGAUAAGGGAUUUGGGGAAGGUAUUAAUAGCUGGAUUGUUCACAUUGAGGGAGGAGGAUGGUGCAACAAUAUCGAGAGUUGCCUUGACCGUAAGGACACUCGCUUAGGUUCAUCUAAGCAAAUGGAGGAUAUUUACUUUUCUGGAAUUUUAAGCAAUGAGCAACAGUUUAAUCCAGAUUUCUACAAUUGGAAUAGAGUCAAGGUUAGGUACUGUGAUGGUUCAUCGUUUACUGGUGAUGUGGAAGAAGUUGAUCCAACAACCAAUUUGCACUUCAGAGGAGCAAGGAUUUUUUCAGCUGUAAUAGAAGAAUUACUAGCAAAAGGAUUGGAAAGGGCUGAAAAUGCUAUUCUCUCUGGCUGUUCAGCUGGAGGAUUGACAACUAUAUUACACUGUGAUAGCUUUAAAACUUUUUUGCCCUCUAGAGCUAAUGUGAAAUGUGUUCCAGAUGCUGGUUAUUUUGUCAAUGUAGAGGAUAUCUCGGGAGCACAUUUCAUUCAACAGUACUACAGUGAAGUUGUUUCAACACAUGGUUCUGCAAAGAAUUUGCCCACAUCCUGCACUUCAAAACUCAGCCCAACACUAUGCUUUUUUCCACAAUAUGUGGCAUCACAUAUCAGUACCCCAAUCUUCGUUGUUAAUUCAGCCUAUGACUCGUGGCAGAUUCGAUACAUCUUUGUACCUGGCUCUGCUGAUCCCAGUGAUAGUUGGAAUAGCUGCAAGGUUAAUAUGAGCAACUGCUCGCCUGAUCAACUAAGUAAAUUGCAAGGCUUCAAGAGUGAAUUCGAAAGGGCAUUGAGUGAGGUAGGAGAUUCUCCAUCUAAAGGAAUGUUUAUUGACUCUUGCUAUGCCCACUGCCAAACAGAACCACAGGAGACAUGGUUUAAGACUGACUCUCCAAAGCUUGCCAAUACAACUAUUGCCAAGGCAGUGGCAGACUGGUUUUAUGGUCGAAGUUCUUUCCGCCAUGUGGAUUGCAAUUAUCCUUGCAACCCUUCUUGCCAGAACCGUGUUUUUGAUCUAAAAGACCUCCCUGGAAUAUAGAUUUGUUUGAUCAAAUAUAUAUCAUUCCUAUAAACCAGACUUAUCAGUUAACUGGUUAUUGUAUGAGAAAAUAAGGUUUACAGGUAACAAAGCUAGCAAAAUAAGAGAAGGUUAUCAUUACACUGAGCUUGUGCGCUGUGAGCCCUCAAUCAA